AUGAUUGGAAAGUUCGUCGUCAUUUUCGCCCUUGUGGUCGUGGCUAGUGCUAGUGACUUCACAAGCUUCUCAUACGGCGUGGCGGAUCCUUACACCGGCGACUACAAGAGCCAGAUCGAGAGCCGCGCCGGAGACAGGGUCCGGGGCCAGUACUCCCUGCUCGAUGCUGACGGCACCCGCAGGACUGUCGACUACGCCGCCGGCGCUGAGGGCUUCAACGCCAACGUCAGGAAAGACCCUGCCCUUAUCCCCGCUGCGCCCCUCGCCUUCGCCGCUCCCGCGUACCCAUACGGAUACGGAUACCCUUACGGAUAUAAUAACCUCGCGUAUGGAUACAACAACGCAGCUUACGGAUACGGCGCAUACCCUUACGCUUUCAGACGAUUCUAUUGA